UGUCCUGCAGUAACAUUGUUGUGGAACGACGUCACAGCUCGAAAAUGAAGGCGCAGACUAGGCAGCCAUUACUGGAGCUUCACUAAUUAUUUCAUUUCAAAUAAAUACUCGCCGAAAAACCCCAUGGCAAAAGCCACAAGUCAGAUGUAUGAUGUUGUGUCUAUUCAGCCCGGCGUUGUCAUCUGUACCUGUUCGCAUUCACCAAUGGUAAGAAACCACCCCGACUCCUGCUCGCCACUUGCUGUCCCGGGCGCAAGCAGCGGCAGUCACUGUAACAACAUGGACGGUUCAGCCUCUGAGGCCCGUGCCCUUGGUACCUCUAUCAGCAACCAGGGCCCAGACCGCUGCACACAGCCAGUCCAGUCUCUGCAGCCACGUAAGAAGAAGCCAGAGGACUUCAAGUUUGGCAAGAUACUGGGCGAAGGCUCCUUCUCAACAGUCGUUCUGGCAAGAGAACAAGCAACAAGCAAAGAAUAUGCAAUUAAAAUUUUAGAGAAGCGUCAUAUCAUGAAGGAGAAAAAAGCCCAGUACGUGAAAAGGGAAAGAGAUUUGAUGUCAAAUCUAGAUCACCCAUUCUUCGUCAAGCUCUACUUCACGUUUCAAGAUGACGAGAAAUUGUAUUUUGGUCUCAGCUAUGCUAAGAAUGGAGAGCUUCUGAAAUACAUUCGCAAAAUUGGUUCAUUUGAUGAGACUUGUACUAGAUUCUAUUCAGCUGAAAUAGUUUGUGCACUAGAAUAUUUACACAAGAAUGGAAUAAUACACAGAGAUCUGAAACCAGAGAAUAUUCUUCUGAGCGAAGAAAUGCACAUCCAGAUUACAGAUUUUGGGACAGCAAAACAGUUAUCGUCAGACAGUAAGCAAGCGAGAGCAAACUCCUUUGUUGGAACAGCACAGUAUGUGUCUCCAGAACUGCUAACAGAGAAAUCUGCCUGCAAGAGUUCUGACCUCUGGGCAUUGGGGUGUAUUAUCUAUCAGCUGGUGGCUGGUUUACCACCGUUCAGAGCUGGAAAUGAGUACCUGAUAUUCCAGAAGAUAAUAAAGCUGGAAUAUGAAUUCCCAGAAAAAUUCUUCCCUAAAGCCAAGAAUCUUGUGAAACAGCUUUUGUCACUGGACCCCACCAAGAGGCUUGGUUGUGAGGAGCUGGGAGGGUAUGACCCUUUAAGGGAGCACCCCUUUUUUGACACCAUUUCCUGGAGUGACCUUCACCUACAGACACCCCCAAAGCUCACCCCGUACCUGCCAGCUAUGUCUGAAGAUGAUGAGGACUGCUAUGGAAAUUAUGAUGACCUCCUGAGCCAGUUCAGCAACAUGCAGGUGGCCCAGUCCAGCUCGUCGCACUCGCUGUCGCCACAUGAAUCCACUCCGCCACAGCGGUCCAGCAGUAACAUUGAGCAGUACAUCCAUGACCUAGACAACAACUCAUUUGAACUGGACCUGCAGUUCACAGAAGAAGAGAAGCGGCUAUUACUGGUCAAACAGACCACUGGAAACCCUUGGCACCAGUUUGUUGAGAAUAACCUGAUCCUGAAAAUGGGUCCAGUGGAUAAACGAAAGGGUCUUUUUGCUCGACGGAGACAGUUGCUACUUACUGAAGGACCACACCUGUACUAUGUGGAUCCUGUCAACAAAGUGCUGAAAGGAGAGAUUCCUUGGUCCUUAGAACUGCGUCCCGAAGCCAAGAACUUCAAAACCUUCUUUGUUCAUACGCCUAACCGAACAUACUAUUUGAUGGACCCCAGUGGAAAUGCUGACAGGUGGUGCAAGAAGAUCCAAGAAGUGUGGCGAAAGAUCUAUCAAAGGCACCAAAACCCGGGCCUAUAGGAGGUCAGUUCCUCCUGUGGCCACUCCUCGGUAUCAUUGAGGCCAAUUACUGAGCAGAGUAACACCUUCUUUAGUGCCCUUCAUCACCGCAACCUAAACAAACUCUUAGACGCUGGCAUCGAGACCUUGUUUUUCUCGCUCAUUUGUCCUCCAUCCCUUCCCUAGUAGAACCAUAGGGGGCAAAAAAGUACAACUUUGGAUUCAGGGUUGCUUUGCUUGUUCUUUGUGCUCUCUGUGAAGCUUCUCUUACAUUUUUCCAUGAAUGGAUGACAAGACUGCCACCGUGCACGUCCUUGUACAUUCAGCCAAGAGAAAGAAGUGCUAGCUCGUCUGAGUAAUCCACCAAGCUAGGAUACCAAUAAGAAUCUCAUGGAAGGACUGGUUUCCCCAAUCUGUGACACCAUAACACAAAAUUCAGCUUUUGUGACACAGAUCCUAUCCUGAUAUCGUAAUUAAUCAUAGCUUAAUCCUACAUAAUGUAGAAGCUGUAGUCAGGCCCCACACAAGUGCAUAUACUCCAUAGUUGUAACAGAUACGUAAACUGAUUAAGUCUCAUGUCUGCUCAACUUAAAUCAUACCUGUUUUUGUCCACCCAAUUCUUCACAUGGUAUUUGAUUUUUCUCAUGAUUUGGUACUUGCUAACUGCAGUCCAUUUAAGCCCUCAUUAUUCCAAAGUAGUGUUGGUCUGCAGUCAGGCACGGGCUUUCCGUAAACCGCUACUGAGGAUUUAAUGCUAACAGGGCAAUUAAACAUGCCACUAGCUUGUACUUCCUAAUCAUAACUUGCUUAUCUUUCCUGCAUGGUCAGUUUUGUAGCUCAGCCUUUGCUUCUCUCUUCUAGGGCACUGGAGAGAGUUUAUAGUUUAUUAAAGUUUAAAGGUGGGUAUUUUUGACUGCAUUGGCAACCAUGGCAAAUAUUGUUGAAUGAUUUGGAUGUUCUGUACUAUUCACUGGCUAUUUCUUUGUGGUGCGAAUUCUUCCAUUUCUCUAUUUUUAUUUUGUGGGUGGGGAUUGUCUGGUCAUCUUCAGUGCAUUGUAUUGAAAACAAAAUGUUGUGUGUUGACCACCUCAUGCUGAAUCGAUAAACCUUCAACAGGGACACAUAAAAACUUGCUAUCAUUCUCGGAAGCAAUCAGAGUAAAGCUGUCAUUCCCAGACAUGAUGGGGAUUUUUUUUUUUUUUUUCUAUACACACAGCCCAAUAGAAAUUAAAAUCAAUUUAACCUGUACUGUCGUUUUAGUAAUAUGUUGUAUCAUAAUGUUUUUAAUUUUUAACAUAUUACCUUAUGGCUCUUUCAAAAGCUCCUUUUCCUACAGCUGAAUCUGUGUGCACGGUGUGUGAAUGGAGGACUUCUGGCCCCGGGGGGGUCCAGUGCUCGAUGUGGUUGGAUGUCAGUUAAAGGAUAUCCGCUUGAUCCAAAUAACUGAUGAAAUUGCUGUAUCUGUCUAUACAAGAGGAGGGCACACGCUAAAAAGUUUGUUCCCGCGUAUGAAACUAGUUUGAAUCAAGUCGAGGGCAGUCGGUUACAUUGUGUAUGGAAUACUCUACCUGGUUUGUAACUGACGAGAACUGUGAUGUACAGAUGUAUUAUUAAAAUCUGAAGCAAGUAAUGCAAUGAUAUUAGGAUACAGUUUUGUAUUUUUAUUCUUGUAUAAGGUUAUUUGAUGGCUACUGUUUAGCCUCUAGUUCAUUCUGUGUUAUUUAAAUUCUAAUAUAUGAAUCAUAUUUGGAUUGAAGUCAUGUUCAGGGGCCAUGUUGUGUAUGUAUUGAGAUGUAAAGCCUUUGAAUGUGAAUAAUUAUUGUAAACUAUAAUAUUUUACAGCUUUUUUCUUACUAUAUCAUACAUUUUCUAUUUGCUCAGUGAUUUAAUCAUAUUCUGAUAAUUUAAUGAAUCUGUUCAUUCUCUCUCUGAUUAUUUGUGCGCUAGGUCAGUAGAUGUUGAAUGAUGAAUUUUCCACUUAAUGCUUGAUAGUCCAGUAAUUAAAGCAUGUAGGGAUUUAGGCAUACAAUUAAA